UCUGACCCGUUGCCACGCAACGACGCGCCGCUCAUUCGUUGAUUCCAUUCGUUCAAUUGUUUCGUUCGUCAGUUGUUUUAUCCGCGCGUUCGCGAGUGCAGUGCUACCAAUGUUACCAUGGCCUUAAAAAAGGAUUUCGACCUCCCGAGAAACAUUUUCAAAGUGAAACUACCAAAGUCUGUGAAAUUACAACAAGCGUUCGACAAGCUGUUCAAAAAGAAUAGCUACACCAAAAUAGUGCAAAGUUAGUAUGGCUGGUGAUAGUGUUGAGAGCCAACCCCGUUUUAUAACCGAGGAGACUGAGUUUGUAGGUAAAGGUGACCACACACAGAGCAGGCAUAGAAGGAGUAGAAGUAGAAGUGCUAAUCGUUUGACUCCAUCAGCUUUAAGUUUGUCCGACGAGCAUUUUUACCAAGAUUUGGAAGAUUACGUUAAAGAGAUGACGACCACAGAUAAUAUGGAGCCGGAUGUGUGGACGCAGUUGCAGCAAAAAGAGUCAGAUUUGCUGCUGGCAGCGGAGUUGGGGAAAGCCCUUCUGGAGAAAAAUGAGGAGUUGAAAAAAGAACAGGACAAGAUCACUGAGGAGUACUCUAAAAAACUUGAGGAGUUGGAGCAAGAGAAACAUCUGCUCCGCCGCCGGUUGGACACGACACAGGGGGAAUAUGAGUCGCGCAUACUGGAACUACAGAAUGACAUUCGGGAGCUCACCACCAAAAUCGGGUCCAGGGAUACUUCUGUCAAACAGCGGGAUGAAGAGAAAGCCAGCCUCAUCGCCGAGCUGACGGCACAGAACUCGCGCCUGACAGCACAGCUAAAAGAGUCCUCUGCGACGGAACAACAGCUGAUGGCCCAGCUGGAGGGGCUGAAGGACCAGUGUUCCAUGAGGAAGACGAGUCUGCAGGACCACGUACACAGUCUAUCAUCGCUCAAAGCAGAGCUGGCUCUGGUUAGCGACAAGAAGGCAGACCUGGAACGGAGGCUAACGGGGUCCUUGCAGGACAAGGAGAACCUCAUGCAACAGCUGGAAGAGGCCAACGACAGGAUCGUGGCUCUGGAGAGGCAACUCAAGGAACAGGAACAUCUCUACCACAACACACUCAAAGAGCUGGAGCGCCUCCAGCGCUCCCACGACACGUUAGCCGAGCGGAUCGGGACCCCAGACACCACAGACGUCACCGAAUCAGCUCGGUCCCUCCACGCUGAGAUGGAGACCGAGCCGGAUGAUGAUGAUGAUGAUGGCUGGCUGCGGAAGGAGGCGGUUCAGGUGUAUAAGCAGCUGAGAGCGCUGUCCCUGCAGCUGAAUACAGGCCAUGAUGACGACUCAGGUCUCCACUCCGACCUCUCCAUCUCAUCUCUGGACGGCGACGAAUCCUCAACCCUCCGCCGCGGCGCCUUACUCGCCGCCUGCGCAGACGCCGUCGCCGCGUACGCGACGCUAGAAGGUUCUAGAGUACGCGACUCCAUUGCCGCGCAUGCGCGCAGAGCGCUUGAGAGGGAGCGGCAGAUUGAUGAGAAGAAUGAGGUUAUAGCUGACCUGUCAUCUAAGCUAUCCGUGGCCGAAGUAGAACCGCGUGCGGCUGCUGAAGAGAGAGACAAACUGCUCAACGACGCUAACUACAGCAGUCUUCAGAACGAUGAAGCCGUCACUCAGGCCAGGCGGGAGAGAGACGAAGCGAUAGAGAGGAAGAAGACAGCUGAGGUGGCGCUCGCGAAGACCCGCGUAGAGCUGAUGCAGGCCAACAGCCAGCUUUACGAGGCGGUGAGGCAGAAGGUGGAUCUGGGGCAGCAGUUGGAACAGUGGCAGAUGGACAUGCAAGAGUUGAUCGACGAGCAGAUGAAACACAAGCUGACCUCGGAGAAACGCCGCAAGCUGCCGUCGACUCACCAGCGCCGUCGCGCGCUGCGCGCCUCCUCGGAUUUUUUUUUCAGCGAUGAUCUGUUGCGCGCUCGGGGCCUCCCGCCAUACACAAAACUACCAUAUCAAUCACGUCUCCCACUCCGACCUCUCCAUCUCAUCUCUGACGGCGACGAAUCCUCAACCCUCCGCUGCGGCGCCUUACUCGCCGCCUGCGCAGACGCCGUCGCCGCGUACGCGACGCUAGAAGGUUCUAGAGUACGCGACUCCAUUGCCGCGCAUGCGCGCAGAGCGCUUGAGAGGGAGCGGCAGAUUGAUGAGAAGAAUGAGGUUAUAGCUGACCUGUCAUCUAAGCUAUCCGUGGCCGAAGUAGAACUGCGUGCGGCUGCUGAAGAGAGAGACAAACUGCUCAACGACGCUAACUACAGCAGUCUUCAGAACGAUGAGGCCGUCACUCAGGCAAGGCGGGAGAGAGACGAAGCGAUAGAGAGGAAGAAGACAGCUGAGGUGGCGCUCGCGAAGACCCGCGUAGAGCUGAUGCAGGCCAACAGCCAGCUUUACGAGGCGGUGAGGCAGAAGGUGGAUCUGGGGCAGCAGUUGGAACAGUGGCAGAUGGACAUGCAAGAGUUGAUCGACGAGCAGAUGAAACACAAGCUGACCUCGGAGAAACGCCGCAAGCUGCCCGACCCACCAGCGCCGACGCGCGCUUCGCGCCUCCUCGGAUUUUUUCAGCGAUGAUCUGUUGCGCGCUCUCGGGGCCUCCCGCCAUACACAAAACUACCAUAUCAAUCACGUUACUCAUCAUCAGAAACUACGACCCCUUCACUUUUAAUUUCAUCGCCAUUUACGGCAUUUUCAACGACAAACUGACAGUGACACCUGUCAUCGUCGCCGCCAUUUUGAAAGAUGGCGCGCUCCAAUUCUUAGGGUGCGUUCUGAUUCUAUUCUCGAAACCGUGUGAUGUGUACACCGUGGCAGUGAUAGUUAGUGUCUUAAUUAGGUUUUUAAUUGUAACUGUACACAUUAUUUUUAAAUUACCGAGUGUAGAGUAUAUUUGCACGUUAAUGCAAUGAUUUUAUUUAUAAACGACAUGCUGUAUUAUUUCUUAGCGAAUCGGAUGUGAGUUUUGGAAUGGUAGGCGGUUUUGGUACAACAGAUUUAAACGAAUACGGACAAUCGAGAGAACUGUCAUCUAUACGUCCGUAUAUAAAUAAUUUACUAGUAGUAAUAUUAACGUUUAAUAUUUUCAAUUCCUUAAUGACUUACAUUUUCGCAGUACCAUCAUCUUAACUUCACAUAAUCUGCUUGUUUAUAAGCGUUUGAUUUGCCUUUCCAAAAUUGUCUACCAAUGACAAUUUUAAGUAAGAAAAUCAUAUCGUUUUUUUAUCAAAUGCAUUUAAGUACCUAUCGCUUUUUACUUUAUUUCAUAGUUAACAGUUUUAAAAAUAGU